CCGACGACUCUUCGAAAAAUGAGCGUACGGCAUUUCAAUUUUCUCAUAAAUCCCUAAAUUUCCUGCUCCUGCCACGGCGACAUCAACUAUGCACUCGUCCAAACCCCUGCGCCGGAAAAUUGUUCCGGCGAACGGCGAUGACUCCGCGGACAAACUGGAUCAGCUCCUUCUCUCCUCCGCCAUCUGCAACAACGAGGACUUAGGGCCCUUCAUCCGCAAGGCUUUCGCUUCCGGCAAGCCGGAGACGCUCCACCACCACCUCCGGCACUUCGCUCGCUCCAAAGAGUCGGAGAUCGAAGAGGUCUGCAAGGCGCACUACCAGGACUUCAUCCUCGCCGUCGAUGACCUCCGAUCCCUCCUCUCCGACGUCGAUUCCCUCAAGUCAUCCCUCUCCGACUCCAACUCCAAGCUUCAGUCCGUCGCUCGCCCGCUCCUCUCCUCCCUCGACGCCUUCGUCGAAACGCGAAACGUCUCGAAGAACAUCAACCUCGCCAUCGAAUCGGUCCGAACAUGCGUUCAGCUGAUGGAAGUUUGCUCCCGCGCUAACCGUCACCUUUCCGGUGACAAUUUCUACAUGGCGCUGAAGUGCGUUGACGCGAUCGAGAGGGAGUACUUGGACAAAACGCCGUCGUCGACGUUGAAGACGAUGUUGGAGAAGAAGAUUCCAGAUAUUCGCUCGCACAUAGAGAGGAAGGUGAACAAGGAGUUCGGGGACUGGCUGGUGGAGAUCCGUGUGGUGAGUCGCAAUUUGGGGCAAUUGGCCAUUGGUCAAGCUUCGUCAGCGAGGCAGAGAGAAGAGGAUCUCAGAAUUAAGCAGCGGCAAGCUGAGGAGCAGAGUAGGCUCAGCGUGAGGGACUGCAUUUAUGCUUUGGAGGAAGAGGAUGACGAUGAAGAUGGAAUCUCCGGUGGCGGUGGGAUUGGUGAGGAUGGUUACGGUAACGGUGGAUUUGAUUUGACUCCGUUGUACAAAGCUUACCAUAUUCACCAGACUUUAGGAUUAGAAGAUCGGUUUAAGAAGUAUUAUUUUGAAAACCGAAAGCUUCAGUUGACUUCGGACUUCCAGGUAUCUUCGAUGACGCCUUUUCUUGAAUCCCAUCAAACCUUCUUUGCACAAAUUGCGGGUUUCUUUGUGGUGGAGGAUCGGGUAUUGAGGACUGGGGGUGGUUUGAUAUCGAAAAUGGAAGUUGAGAAUUUGUGGGAGAUUGCUGUUAGCAAAAUGUGUUCUGUGUUAGAGGAUCAGUUCUCCAGAAUGCAAACUGCUAAUCAUCUCUUGCUGAUUAAGGACUAUGUGAGUCUGUUGGGAGUUACUCUGCGGAGAUAUGGGUAUCACAUUGAUGCAUUGCUUGAUGUUUUGAGCAAACAUAGGGAUAAAUACCAUGAGUUGCUGUUGUCUGACUGUAGGAAGCAGAUAGCUGAGGCACUUGCUGCUGAUAAGUUUGAACAGAUGUUGAUGAAGAAAGAGUAUGAGUAUUCCAUGAAUGUUCUUUCUUUUCAAAUACAAACAUCAGAUAUCACACCUGCUUUUCCUUAUGUUGCACCAUUUUCAUCCACCGUGCCGGAUUGUUGUCGAAUUGUGCGGUCCUUCAUUGAGGAUUCUGUGAGUUUUAUGUCAUAUGGCGGGCAUCUUGAGUUCUAUGAAGUUGUUAAGAAAUAUUUAGACAGGCUUUUGAACGAGGUUCUGGACGAAGCUUUGUUAAAGCUUAUUAAUGCAUCAGUUAAUGGUGUCUCCCAGGCAAUGCAGGUAGCAGCAAAUAUGGCUGUAUUCGAGCGUGCAUGUGAUUUUUUCUUUCGCCAUGCGGCACAGCUUUCAGGGGUUCCCUUGAGAAUGGUAGAGAGAAGCAGAAGGCAGUUCCCUCUGAGAAAAGCUCGUGAUGCUGCAGAAGAGAUGCUCUCUGGGCUACUCAAAGCAAAAAUUGAUGGAUUUAUGACCUUGAUUGAGAAUGUAAAUUGGAUGACUGAUGAGCCACCUCAGAGUGGAAAUGAAUACGUAAAUGAGGUUAUAAUUUAUUUGGAAAUUUUGGUUUCAACUGCUCAACAGAUACUGCCACCUCAUGUCCUUAAAAGAGUUCUACAGGAAGUUCUUUCUCACAUAUCGGAGAAGAUAGUUGGGACUUUAGUUAGUGAUUUUGUUAAGAGGUUUAAUGUGAAUGCUGUUACUGGAAUUGAUGUAGACAUCCGGCUCUUAGAAUCAUUUGCUGAAAAUCAAGGGGGCCUUUUCGCUGAUGGGGAUGUUGAUCAGUUGAAAACAGCACUUUCUGAGUCAAGGCAAUUGAUUAAUUUGCUAUUAAGCAAUCAUCCGGAGAACUUCCUGAAUCCUGUGAUAAGAGAGAGGAGUUACAAUACUUUGGACCACAAGAAAGUGGCGAUCGUUUCUGAAAAGUUGAGGGAUCCUUCGGAUCGGCUCUUUGGAACCUUUGGUAGUCGUGGGGCCAGGCAGAAUCCAAAAAAGAAAUCACUGGAUGUAUUGAUAAAAAGACUUAAGGAUGUUAGCUGAUUAAGCUUGUAGCUGUAUGUAAGGUCCUUUUUCUUGUUUUGUCUUUGGUUCCAUUUUGACUCUGAAUUAUUUAAUAGCAAGAGUUGUUGAUAAAAUUAUUUGGUUAAGGGCAGCC